AUACUGUGAACCCAGAGGGGCAGAAAAGCAAGGAGAGGUAGUGUUUGGUGAAAGAACCAUGUUCAGUCUGAAGAUGCUUCCACUUCUGCUCUUAUUCUGCAUGCAGCUCUCCAGGGCCUUUCCAGUGCCUUCUGAAUCCACAGAAGAGAAAAAUAUAGAAGUUGUUCAGAAUUACCUGGAGAAGUUCUACCAAUUACCAAGGAACAGAUACCAGUCUGAAAGGAAGAAGAGCACCAGUGCAAUUGUUGAAAAGCUUAAGGAAAUGCAGCAAUUCUUUGGGUUGAAGGUGACAGGCAAGCCAGAUAAGGAAACUCUGGAGAUGAUGGAAAAGCCUCGCUGUGGAGUGCCUGAUGGUGGGGAUUUUAUGUUAACUCCAGGACACCCCAAGUGGGAACAAACUAACCUGACCUACAGGAUUACUGACUAUACCUCACAACUGCCAAAGGCUGAUGUGGAAACACUUAUUGAGGAAGCCUUUAAAGUCUGGAGCCGUGUGUCACCCCUGACCUUCACCAAGCUCACAAAAGGAGAAGCAGACAUCACCAUUGCUUUUGUCCAAGGAGAUCAUGGUGACAAUUCUCCUUUCGAUGGACCCAAUGGGAUUCUUGCUCACGCCUUUCAGCCAGGCCCAGGUAUUGGUGGAGAUGCUCAUUUUGAUGCAGAGGAAACAUGGACCACAACCUCAGAAAAUUACCACUUGUUUCCUGUCGCUGCCCAUGAGUUUGGCCAUUCCUUGGGGCUCUCUCACUCCUCUGACCCUGGUGCCUUGAUGUAUCCCACCUACGCUUACAGUGACCCCAAAACCUUCUUACUCCCUCAAGAUGACAUCAACGGCAUCCAGGCCCUCUACGGACCUUCAAGCAACCCUGUCCAACCAACUGGACCAACCACACCCACAGCCUGUGACCCCAGACUGACCUUUGAUGCUAUCACCACACUCCGAGGAGAAAUAUUAUUCUUUAAAGACAAGUUCUUCUGGAGAAAGCAUCCUCAGCUACAGAAUGUCGAACUCAAUUUUAUUUCUCUAUUCUGGCCAUCCCUGCCAAACGGUAUACAGGCUGCUUAUGAGGAUUUUGACAAGGACCUAAUUUUCCUAUUUAAAGGCAACCAGUACUGGGCUCUGAAUGGCUACAACAUUCAGCAAGGUUAUCCCAAGAAUAUAUCAAACUAUGGCUUCCCAAGCAGCGUCCAAGCAAUUGAUGCAGCUGUUUUCUACAGGACAAAAACAUACUUCUUUGUAAACAACCAAUUCUGGAGCUAUGAUAAUGAGAAACAGUCCAUGGAACCAGGUUAUCCCAAAAGCAUAGAAAGUACCUUUGCAGGAAUAGGAAAUAGAGUUGAUGCAGUUUUCCAGAAGGAUCAUUUUUUUCUUUUCUUCAGUGAAACAAGAUAUUAUAAGUUUGAUCUCAAUACUCAGAGCAUUACUCAGAUUGAUCGAAGCAAUAAAUGGCUUAACUGUAGAUAAAGUAGAAGCAAAAUCAAAUGUGAAGGUAUCCGUUUUUUGAAUAUGGAAGGAAAGUCUAACUUGCAUAUUUAUUACAUUGUGUUCUACUUGUACUUUACUUAAUAAUAAGUAAUAUUGCUUGCUAUUAGUGUACUCCCUGGACCUGUGCUCAGUGUAAAUACAUUUGGAGUAUUCCAUUGUUUGCACAGGCUUAGUUCUUAUGUAUUCCAUCUGAGGUUAGUGAAUCUAUCAAAAGAGAGAUUAAGCCCUCUUUUUACUUCAAAAUUCACCAUUGCAUUACUUGCUUAUCUGACUUCUAAAAUGCUCAUUUAUUCUUUUAAACAUGUUUUAAGUGUGUCUGCUAUGUGCAGUUUAGCACUGAAUUUUGGUUAGAAGUAUGGACUCUGAACAAAUAGACAGUAUCCCCCAUAUUGAAAACAUGGUGCCAUUUUCCAGUCUUGGAAAGAAAUAUUUUUUAACCAUGUUAUGGGUUGAAUUGUGUCUCACAAGAAAGAUGUGAUGACGUCCUAACGCCAGGUACCUAAGAAUGCACCUUAUUUGGAACAGAAUCUUUGCAUAUGUAAUUAGUUAAGUUGAGGUGAUACUGGAUUAGGGUGGGUCUAAGAACUGGUGUCCUUAUAAGAAAAUGAGAGACAUAGACACAUAGUGGAGAAGGCAUGUGAAGAGAGACAAAUAUUGGAAUGAUGCAUCUACAUGUCAAGGAUUGCCAGCAACCACCAGAAGCCAGGAAGAGGCAAGGAAGGAUCCUCCCUAGAAUCUUCAGUGAAAAGAACAUCACCCUCCUUGAUUUUGGACUUGUAGCUUGCAGAACUAUGAAAGAAUAAAUUUGUUUUUUUUUAAGCUA